UUUUUUGCAAGUUUAGGAGUCAAUUGCAUUUUUUUUUUUGGUUUGAAAGACCAAAUUGCAUUGUUCAGUCACGCACGCAUCAACUCCACAGGACCACCGCUGCCCCGCCGUGAGCCUCGUCGCCGACGCUGCCGGCUGGUCUCUUUAUUCGUCAAUCCAUCGCUGCGUGCCUCACGGUGCCUGCUCCAUCGAGUUAAUUAGCGAGUCAUCUCUUCUUCAAUCCAUCGCUGUAUGUAUAUAGUGUUCACGGGAGAUUCCCCUCUUUUCCAGAAUUAAACUGGAUUUCAUUUUCUGGGCAAGGACAAGGAAAUAGUAGCUGAUUGUAAUGGAGAAAGGCAACUCCCGUUGCAUUUACGACGCCGUGUCAUCUAAUGCUGCAAUCCUUUUCUUUGUUGGUGCCGUGACGAUCGUUAUAAUUCGGGUUCUUUAUGUUAUGUACCGUAGCAGCAACCCGCCCCGACCCAAAUCACCGCGACCCCUCUCCACACUCAUUGUAUUGGGUUCAGGUGGUCACACGGCAGAAAUGAUGAACUUGUUGUCUGUACUUCAAGAAGAUAGGUUUAAGCCUAGGUUUUACAUUGCUGCUGCAACUGAUAAUAUGAGUCUCCAAAAGGCUCGAGUAUUCGAGGACUCUUUAGUUCAGAAGGCAGCGACUGAGGUGGUUGGAACAGCUCAGUUCAUGCAGAUAUAUCGAAGCCGAGAGGUUGGUCAAUCAUACGUAACCUCAGUUGCUACAACCUUAAUUGCUAUCGGUCAUGGAUUAUGGUUAAUGAUCAAAAUUAGACCUGAAGUGAUUCUCUGUAAUGGCCCUGGAACUUGUAUACCCAUAUGUGCAAUUGCAUUUAUCUUUAAGGUACUUGGAGUCAAGUGGUCAUCUAUAUUUUAUGUUGAGAGCAUUGCAAGAGUGAAAAGGCUUUCUUUGAGUGGUUUGCUCCUUUAUAAAUUACACAUGGCUGAUCAAUUAUUUGUUCAAUGGCCACAAUUAAAAAGUCAAUAUCCUCGAGCACACUAUGUGGGUCGUCUUAUGUGAUUAUGCUCUAUGGUGAUGUCCUAUAUGGAUACAAACCAUCAAUGCUAGCCAUUGGCCAAGCUACACAAGGAGAAGAAGGGGAUUGGAUUUCUGAAAGAGCAGCAAUAAUGGUCACACUCAAAGACAACCUCAUUCAAGCUUGGAAUCAAAUGAAAUAUUAGAUUGAUAAAAGGUCUUGAAGGAUCUUGGAUAUUGGAGAUUGGGUGUAGUUGAAAGUCCAACUUUAUAGGCAAAGUUUCUUUUCUUGCGGAGAGAAAAAAAAAAAGAAAAAGAAAGAAGAGUGACAGAUGCUCACCGUCCACCUAGCGGGCACCUGUUACUCGCAUCUGCUUGGGUGAUUUAGCUAGCGGCCACUCCAAAUCUAUUUUUAAUUAUUAUUUUAUUUAUUAUGGCCGUUGCAUAGCUACCUUGUUUAUUUAUUUAUUGUUUUUUGUUUUUUUUUUUUGUUUUUUUAAA